GGGACGUAGCUAAGCUAAAACCAACAGAAGUGGGGUCAUAUGUUUGUGAUGGGCCACAAUCAGCUCCCGCCUCAACUUAAGAAGUUCAGAUGGUUGUUGUACAUCAGUCAAGUCAUCACCAUCCUCUCUUUCACCCUGCUGCUGUGGACCUACAGGUCCAACAGGACCUUCCACUUAUGGACCCAGUAUUACCAAGCAACCAAUGAGAUCCCGUUACCAGUGCAGCUAACAGUGCCUCCAAAACAUGGUCCAGAACAAAAAGUUCCUUUCGUGGCAGUCAAUGGGACACAGACGCUGCUGGUGUCAGCAUAUCUGGAGCACCGCACAGGGAAAAGGGAGGUUCGUGUUAUUGCUGUGGUGCUGAGGAGCCAGACAGUUGUCUAUCACUGCCUCCUCCGUUGUCAAAAGCAACUGUGCAUCUCUGAAGGUGUCAGUGAUAUCCACAGCGAUCACUUUGGCUUUGCAUAUGGGACAGCAGACAUCAUGUGUCCUCUCCCCUCGAGCUGUGAGACCCCAUCUCAUAUCGCCGUGACCUCUGCUGCAGCCAACUCUGAAGAUAUACUUCACAUAGAGUUUUUGGAGGUGAAGAACCAGAAGGCGCAGAAUGACUUCUUUCCUUACAACUUCACCGUGUGUCUCUCCACCUUGUUUGAAUUCACCAACGUGCUGCAGCUGGUCCAGAGUUUGGAAAUGCUGCAGUUAUUGGGAGUGAACAGAGUUGUUGUCUAUAAGACCAGCAGCAGCCCUGAAACACAGCGCAUACUGGACUACUACACACACAAAGGUCUUGUCGAGGUGAUUCCUUGGUCUUUGUCCAGAUUUCUGAAUGUAUCUCGAGGGUGGCUGCCCUCACACGGUCCAGGUGACCUCCACUACUUUGGGCAGAUUCCUGCUCUUAAUGACUGUGUUUACAGAUACAUGUACCAAUCCAGAUACGUGGCCCUGCAUGAUAUGGAUGAGCUCAUACUGCCCCAGUCAGUCAAAAGGUAG